CCCAGAAAUCACCUUCGCCGUGGCUGAUGAUGAGACCAAUGCUAAACUUAUGGAGGACUUUGGUCUGUCAGAUUCAGGAGAGGAGAUCAACAUCGGAAUCUUUGGGGCUGACAAUAAAAAGUAUCGCAUGGAGCCCACGGAGGAGUUCGACACAGAGGAAAUUAUUGAGUUCUUAAAAAAGUUCAAAAAAGGUUAGUUUUCACUGGUCAGAAAAAUGGACUUCCUGAUAGAACAAAAAAGUCAUGAUGCAACUUAAACAGGAAAUCAGCUGAAUUCUCAGUCCCUAAUUUCUUACGUUUAUUAAAGUAGACGGACCCUUGGUAAGCGGGAUAGGCUAACUUUAAGUUUUAAAACUAGGGUAAAUUAAAGUUUUAAAACUAGGCUAAAUUAAAGUUUUAAAACUAGGCUAAAUUAAAGUUUUAAAACUAGGCUAAAUUAAAGUUUUAAAACUAGGCUAAAUUAAAGUAUUAAAGCUAGGCUAAAUUAAAGUUUUAAAACUAGGCUAAAUUAAAGUAUUAAAGCUAAGUUAAAUUAAAGUUUUAAAACUAGGCUAAAUUAAAGUAUUAAAGCUAAGUUAAAUUAAAGUUUUAAAACUAGGCUAAAUUAAAGUAUUAAAGCUAAGUUAAAUUAAAGUUUUAAAACUAGGCUAAAUUAAAGUAUUAAAGCUAAGUUAAAUUAAAGUUUUAAAACUAGGCUAAAUUAAAGUAUUAAAGCUAAGUUAAAUUAAAGUUUUAAAACUAGGCUAAAUUAAAGUAUUAAAGCUAAGUUAAAUUAAAGUUUUAAAACUAGGCUAAAUUAAAGUAUUAAAGCUAAGUUAAAUUAAAGUUUUAAAACUAGGCUAAAUUAAAGUAUUAAAGCUAAGUUAAAUUAAAGUUUUAAAACUAGGCUAAAUUAAAGUAUUAAAGCUAAGUUAAAUUAAAGUUUUAAAACUAGGCUAAAUUAAAGUAUUAAAGCUAAGUUAAAUUAAAGUUUUAAAACUAGGCUAAAUUAAAGUAUUAAAGCUAAGUUAAAUUAAAGUUUUAAAACUGUCAUUAAUAAGGCCUGACAACCCCUGAGGCGGCUCAUAUGUUGAAAAAAGCAACUAUCCUUUCUAUUAUCAUAAAGUUAUGAAUACACAAUUAAUUUCUCCUUUAAAUUUCUUUACUUUUUCUGUGGGCAAGCUGUACAUUUUUUGGACCCAUUUUUGUUUCUAGUAUUAUGAGUUGAUUUCAGUUAAUAAUUUCUUCAAUUUUUUUCAUAGCUGUUCCAAUGCCCUUGACCCGCUGACCCAAAUUUAAUUGGGCACUUGAUGUUUGAAACAUCACUGAUAUUUAUAGCUACAUCUUGGACAUAGAUCGUUUUUUACAGGUAAACUGAAGCCCCACAUCAAGUCACAGAGAGCUCCUAAAAAACAAACAGGGCCAGUAACUGUCGUAGUUGCCAACACCUUCAAUGAGAUUGUGCUUAAUCCAAAGAAAGACGUCCUCAUUGAACUCUAUGCCCCUUGGUGUGGACACUGCAAAAAGCUGGAGCCUAUCUACGCAGAGUUGGCCAAGAAGUUCAAAUCUGAGAAGAACCUGGUGAUAGCCAAGCUGGAC